AUGAGCCGCAGCCCGGAGAGAAUCUCUUCCUACCGCCGUCACUUUGAGGACAGCAGCAGCAGCAGCGCGACCUACCAGGUCAGGGUUUCCAGCCCUUCCCCCGUCAGGAGAGACGCCCGGAAUGGCUCCGCCGGCUACUCCAGAGCCGGGGCCGGCAGCAUGCGGAUGGAGUCAGUGGGUCGAAGGACGGCCUCGGCCGCUCGCAUGUCCCGCGUGAUGGGAGCAGGUGUGGCUGCCGGAGCCAUGGUGUGUGUUGGGCCCGGUGGAGAACCUGUCAUGGAUCUGGAUGUGGCCGCUGCAGAAAACCAGGAGUUUCUCAGCACCCGCACGAGUGAAAGGCAGGAGAUGAUCAUACUCAAUGACAGACUGGCUGUGUACAUCAACAAGGUUCGCUCGCUUGAGCAGCAGAACAAAUUACUGGAAGCUGAGAUUGAGGCCUACCUCAACCGCUUUGAGAAGCCAUCAGGCCUGCGCCUGCUGUACGAGGAGCAGCUGAAGGAGCUGAAAAAGAUUGCUGACCAGAUGAGAGUUCAGCGGGACAUUUCCUUGGCGGCAAAGGAAUCCACAGCUGCUCAACUAGAGGCAAUCAAAAUCAAAUACGAAGAGGCAUUGGAGCAGAGGAAGAAGGCUGAGCUGGACAUCGAAGCCUUCCGUCCAGAUGUCGAUAAAGCCACCUCCUCACGCAUUGCCCUGGAGAAGAAGCUGGAGCAGCUGGAAGUUGAAAUUGAAUUCCUAAAACGGAUCCAUCAGCAGGAAAUUGAUGAGCUCAUGAAGCAAAUCUAUGCAGCUCACGCGUCAGCUGAGAGUGCCUUUGCCCUGCCUGAUCUGGCUGGUUCUCUGAAACAAAUCCAAAAGCAGUACGAUGACAUUGCAGCCAAAAAUCUCGAGGAAAUGGAUUCAUGGUACAAAAACAAGUUUGAGGAUAUAACCAAAAAGACAUCCGGACAUGUUGAUAAAGUUCGAAGUGCUAGAGAGGCAAUAGCUGGAGCCAAGAAAGAGAUCCAAGGCAAGGAACGUGACAUGGAUGGCCUGAAUACCAGAAGUGAAGCUCUUGAAGCUCAAAUCCGGGAGUUGCAGGAAAAGUACAAGAAGGAAUUAGAAGACCUGCAGGCUCGCAUUGAAGCACUGCAGCUCGAGCUGAAAACUACCAAGGAGAAAAUUGCAUUGCACCUACGUGAGUACCAGGACCUCCUGAAUGUCAAGAUGGCCCUGGAGAUCGAGAUCACUACCUACCGAAAAUUGAUAGAGGGAGAAGACCUGCGGCUUGCUGGCAUGAUGCAAACUUUGUCACUUACCAGCUGUAGCACAAGUGGCAUUGGUAUUGGGGUGAGCUUCAGUAGUGGAGGAGUGGGUAGUGGUGGAAUAGGCUUGGGUGGUGUGGGUGGAAUUACAGGAGCCAGUAGUGGGAUUGUUGGAGGUAUGGGGAGUGCAGGAGGAAUGAGUGGUGGCAUGGCAGGCGGAGGAAUUGGAUCCUUGAGUGGAAGACUGGGAGCUGAAGGUACUAGCGACAGGAGGGGCUCUACUGGUAGGGCAGGUGGGAUAGACGUGACUGGUAGAGGUGUAGGAGGAGGUGUUGGAGCUAGUGCUGGUAGUCUGCAUUCUGGUGGUGGAACUGGAGCAGUGGGUGCUGCAGGAAUGACUGGCCCAGGUCUUGGAGGCUCAGGCCCUGGUGGAAUGGGUCCUGGUGCGGUGGGUGCUGGUGGAAUGGUUCCUGAUGGGAUGGGUACAAGUGGAAGGAGUCCCAGUGGACUAGGUCCUGGUGGGGUGGGUACAGUUGGACUGGGUCCUGGUGGAAUUGGUACUGGUGGAAUGGGUCCUGGUGGGGUGGGUCCUGGUGGAAUGGGUCCUGGUGGAAUUGGUACUGGUGGAAUGGGUCCUGGUGGGGUGGGUCCUGGUGGAAUGGGUCCUGGUGGGGUGGGUCCUGGUGGAAUGGGUCCUGGUGGGGUGGGUUCAGUUGGACUGGGUCCUGGUGGAGUUGGUGCUGGUGGAAUGGGUCCUGGUGGGGUGGGUCCUGAUGGAAUGGGUCCUGGUGGGGUGGGUACAGUUGGAAUGGGUCCUGGUGGGGUGGGUACAGUUGGAAUGGGUCCCGGUGGGGUGGGUCCUGGUGGAAUGGGUCCCGGUGGGGUGGUUCCUGGUGGAAUGGUUCCUGGUGGGGUGGGUACUGGUGGAAUGGGUCCUGGUGGAGUUGGUGCUGGUGGAAUGGGUCCUGGUGGGGUGGGUCCUGGUGGGGUGGGUACAGUUGGAAUGGGUCCCAGUGGGGUGGGUCCUGGUGGAAUGGGUCCUGGUCCAAUGGGUCCUGGUGAAGUCGGGACUGGUGGGGUGGGUCCUAGUGGAGUCGGUACUGGUGGAAUGGGUCCUGGUGGAAUGGGUCCUGGUGGGGUGGGUAUUGGAGAGUUGGGUGUUGUUGGAGUGGGUGUGGGUGUUGGUUCUGGUCUUGCUACUGGUGCUGGUGGGGUGGGGCCUGAAGGAAUGAAUGGUGUGGGUGCUGGUAGUGGCAUAGUUGCUGGUGCCGGUGGGGUGGGUGUUGGAGGCUUGGGUGCUGGUGAUAUGGGUGCUGGUGGCAUGGGUGCUAAGGGUGUGGGUACUGGUCCUGCAGGUUUGGGUACUGGUGCUGGUGGUGUGGAAGGUUUAGGUUUCAGCAUAGGGGGAGAGGGUGAGUGUGGUGUAGUUGGGGUUGGAAUGGGUGUGGGCAGUGGCACUGCAGGUUCAGGUGGCAUCGGCAGCUCUGGCAUUGGGUCUGGUGGAGAAAGAGACCAUUUGAGUGCAGGGACUCCAGGAGGGAUAAGUGGAUAUGGAGGGAAGGGCAGUGGUGUGGGUCCAGCUGGAAGUGCAUUCACUGAAGGAGGAGAUGAUGCGGGGCUUGCUUUGUCAGGGGGAGGGGGGAUGGGAAGGAUUGGUGGGGGAAAGGGCGCCUCAAGUGGUGCCGGUUUUGGAUAUGGAUCCGAUGGCUAUGACGGCAACAUUGAGACUUAUGCAGAGCAGGCUGUGGAGCUGACGGAGAGAAGGACGGUACUUAUUAGAACCGUGAAAAAUGAAGAUGAUGUGCUAGAGAUGGACCACCAAGAACAGACCUACACCAUCACCGGUGCAGCCGACGACUCUGAUGACGAUUGA